GGCCCGGCCGGCUCCGCGUCUCCCCCCCCUCGCCCCCCGUCCCGGUGCCCCGGCGGCGCCAUGAUGUUCCGGGACCAGGUGGGGAUCGUGGCCGGUUGGUUCAAGGGCUGGAACGAGUGCGAGCAGACCGUGGCGCUGCUCUCGCUGCUCAAGCGCGUCACCCGCACCCAGGCGCGCUUCCUGCAGCUCUGCCUCGAGCACUCGCUGGCCGACUGCGCCGACAUCCACCUCCUCGAGGCCGAGGCCAACAGCGCCGCCGCCAUCAGCCAGUGGCCGCAGGAGCCGGCGGAGGCGGCGGUGGCCCUGCUGCUGGCCCACCUCCCGCUGCUGCAGCCGGGCAACGCCGCCGCCAAGGCCGAGUACAUGAAGCGGCUGCAGAAGGUGCUGGCCUACGCCAUCGAGAGCAACCGGUGCGUGGAGGAGAGCCGCCAGCUGCUCUCCUACGCCCUCAUCCACCCCGCCACCACCCUGGACGACCGCAGCGCCCUGGCCCUCUGGCUGGGCCACCUGGAGGAGCGUUUGGCCGGCGGCGCCCCCCCCCCGGCGGCAGCAGCGCCGCCGCCGCCUCCGCGGCCGCCCCCCCGCCCUGACGCCGCGCCCCCCCCGCCCCGCCGCGCCCCCCACGACUGGCCCGAGCACGGGCCCCCCGAAAUCGGGCCGCCCUGGCCCGAGGCGGCCCCCCGGGAGAACGGGCACCCCCCGUUCCACCCCCCCGGCGGCGGUAAUGGGCUGGGGGGCACGGCGCUGCCCUGCCAGCUGCACCCCAGCCCGCUGAAGCGCUCCCUGUCGCUGGUGCCCGGCAGCCCCCAGGGGGGCGGCGGCGAGUGGCCGGGGGGGGGCGAGGAGCCGGGCCCCCCCCGCGCCCCCUUCGGCGACCACGCGCCCCUCUCGCCGCAGAGCAGCGUGGCCUCGUCGGGCAGCGAGCAGACCGAGGAGCCCGCCGGCGGCCGCAACACCUUCCAGGAGGACGGCAGCGGCAUGAAAGACGUCCCCUCGUGGCUGAAGAGCCUGCGGCUGCACAAGUACGCGGCGCUCUUCUCGCAGAUGACCUACGAGGAGAUGAUGACGCUGACCGAGCACCACCUCGAGUCGCAGAACGUCACCAAGGGCGCGCGGCACAAGAUCGCCCUCAGCAUCCAGAAGCUGCGGGAGCGCCAGAGCGUCCUCAAGGCGCUGGAGAAGGACAUCCUGGAGGGGGGCAACCUGUGGACGGCGCUGCAGGAGCUGCAGCAGAUCAUGGUGACGCCCAUCAAGGCUUUCCGGCCCCCCCCGGCCCCCCCCGCCAACGGCACCCCCGACGGGGCCCCCCCGGGGGCUGCCGACGCCUUCGCCCCCCACCCGGCCGCCGACGCCGAGGCCCCCGCGGCCCCGGUCCCCGACGGGGACAUCCCGGGGCAGUUCACCCGGGUCAUGGGCAAAGUGUGCACCCAGCUGCUGGUGUCGCGGCCGGACGAGGAGAACAUCACGAGUUACCUCCAGCUCCUCGAGAAGUGCCUGAGCCACGAGGCGUUCACAGAGACGCAGAAGAAGAGGCUCCUCUCCUGGAAGCAGCAGGUCCUGAAGCUGCUCCGCGCCUUCCCCAAGAAGGUGCCGCUCGAGGGCCCGGGCUACCGGCCCCCCAAAGGCUGGGCCUUCGGCUCCAACUCACUCCCCAUAGCUGGCUCUGUGGGGGGGGCGGGGGGGCGGCGGGGGCAGCGCCCCUUUGCGUUGCCCCCCCGCGCGCUGCCCCCCGCCCGCCUGGGGCUGCUGGGCCCUGCCGGGGGGGCCCCGGCCCCACGGCCCCCCCUCGGCGCCCCCCCCCUCGGCACCCAGGGCCGCCAGAGCCUGUGGUUCGGCAGCGGGGGGGCCGGGGGCGCCCCGGGGAGCCGCAGCGCGGUGCAGCGCACCCACUCGCUGCCCGUCCACACCUCGCCCCAGGCCCUGCUCGCCUUCCCCCAGGAGUGCCCCCUCCCCGGCACCGACCUGGAGAUCAACCCCACGCUGGAGUCGCUGUGCCUGAGCAUGACGGAGCACGCGCUGGGGGACGGCACAGACAAGACCUCGACCAUCUGA